AUGGCGGAUCUCGAGCUCAAUGUCUCGCAACCACCGGAGGCAAGACAGGAAUUGCACACGGACAUCGCCGAGAAAACCCCGCCAGUCUCGGAAGCAACCGAGCUGGCCGAUCCCCACGGAAAGUACCCCGAGGGAGGCACGAGGGCAUGGCUCGUCGUGCUGGGCUCCUUCUGCGCCAUGCUGCCCGCUAUGGGCCUGCUGAACACCAUCGGCGCAUUGCACGCUUGGACGUCGACCCAUCAGUUGGCUGGCUACUCGGAUUCCAGUAUCGGUUGGAUCUUUGGCGCUUUCAGUUUCUUUCUCAACUUCGGGAGUGCCCAGAUUGGUCCCAUUUUUGACAGUCGAGGAUUGCUUCCGGUGAUAGCGCCCGGGUCUGUCGGUUUGGUCCUGGCAAUUUUUUUCUUCAGCGCAAGCACCGAAUAUUAUCAAAUUUUCCUCUCUUUCAGCGUUCUCGGCGGUCUUUCGUCUUGCUGCCUCUUUACUCCCGCCAUCGCUGUCGUCGGCCACUGGUUUAACGUGCGCCGUGCCUAUGCAACCGGCAUUGCCUGUACGGCCGGCGGUCUCGGCGGCGUCAUCUUCCCCCUCAUUAUUCUCUACGUCGCUCCGACCCUAGGGUUCCCCUGGGCGAUGCGCAUCGUCGCCAUCAUCAGUUUCGUCCUAUGUGCGCUAGCCUGCCUGCUCAUGCGCACGCGCCUCCCGCCCAACCAUGCCGCCGGCAUGGCCAUCGACGUCAAGGCGCUCCGGGAGCCGAACUACGCUUUCACCACCCUAGCGGUCUGGCUCGUGGAAUUCGCAGUCUUCAUUCCGUACACCUACAUCGCAUCCUACGGUCUCUACGCCGGGCUCGGCGAAUCCCUAGCCUACAAGCUCUCGAUUUUCCUGAACGUCGGCGCGAUCCCCGGCCGUGCUUUCCCAGGCCUCCUCGCUGACCGAUUGGGUCGGUUCAACGUUAUGGCUAUGACGACCGUCAUCUGUGGCAUCUUGACCCUGGCGCUGUGGUAUAAAGCCGGUCAAAACCAAGCCGCGAUCAUCGCAUACUCCGUCUUGUUCGGCUUCUGGAGUGGCGCGGCGAUCAGUCUCACGCCCGUGUGUAUCUCCCAGGUCUGUCGCACGGAGGAUUACGGCAAGAGAAAUGGCACAACCUUCACGUUAGUGAGCUUUGCGACGCUUACCGGUAUCCCGAUUGCCGGUGCCAUUCAGGAGCGAAACGGAGGCGAUUACUGGGGGUUGAUUAUCUUUGCGGGAGCAUUGUAUAUGGCGUCGUUUAUUGCCUUUGUGGUGGCGAGGGGUGUUGCGGGUGGGUGGGGGCUGAAAACGAAAUUUUAG